AUGCAAUCCCCCGCCGUGACUGAGGGCCACUGCACGGCUGAGAAGGGUGGGAUGCAGGCGUACGUUGCACACCAAACUGUCAAUUCUUUCGUUUGGGACAAUGUGUCCUAUAAUGUAAAGGACAAGUUGAUCCUCGACAACAUCUCUGGCUGCGUGAAGCGUGGUGACCUGAUGGCGAUUAUGGGUCCUUCGGGAUGCGGCAAGACCUCUUUGCUCAAUAUCUUGUCAGCCCGAGUCAAAGGUUCCUCCGUAUCGGGUGAGGUGUUCGCAGAUUCAACGACCAAGCCUGUCUGCCGCUUUGUUGAACAGGAGGACAACCUUAUCGGCGUCUUGACUGUCCGCGAAACCCUUAUGUUUGCAGCGAAGCUCGACCUUCCAAAGUCCGUAACACGCAAGGAGAGGGAGGAGCUGGUGGAUGGCUUGAUAAAGAUCUUCGGCUUGGAGGAUGUCCGCAACGUCAAGAUUGGUACGGCUAUACAAAAAGGUAUCAGUGGAGGUCAGAAGAGGAGAGUGUCGAUUGCAAGCCAGUUGAUCAGUUUGCCUCCUGUUGUCUUCCUGGUGUUAGACGAGCCGACCUCUGGCCUUGAUUCCGAAGCUGCCUUCUGUGUCAUGCGUGACAUGCGCAAAAUGGCUCAACAAUUCAACAUGAUCAUCAUCGCGACCGUCCAUCAGCCCUCCACCGUGGUCUUCAACCUGUUCGAUGACUUGCUUCUCCUGUCGAAAGGGAAGACGGUAUACUGCGGGAAGCGCGAAGAGUCUGAAGACUUCUUUGCCGCUCAUGAUGUCGUGAUCGCCGUACACGCAAACCUCGCUGAGGUCUACCUCUCCGUCAUCGACACCGACUUCGCGGUCGACAAAGGCGCAGCAGAGCGUCGCCUGAACAACCUCACAAACAGCUGGAAGGGUUACGUCAACUCACUCAGCAUUCCGUCAAGUACGAAGGAUGACACCACCCUCAUCGUCCAUUCAGUUUCCUCGCCGAGUACUCCGACCGAGGCUAAUGAUUCGGAAGUGGUGCCCACCCGUCGCGGACCCUCCUUUCUGUAUAUCCUCUGGGUCCUCUGUCAUCGCUCAACCCUCAACGCAAUGAGGAACAUGCUGGCAUACUGGCUUCGCGUUGUCAUGUACAUGGCUCUCGGCGUAGUGAUGGGCACAACCUUCUUCCACCCACCCCUCACGCAAGAACGUUUCCCGGAUCGCUACCACGCGAUGUACUUCGGGAUGUGUUUCGCUUCCUUCAUGUCCGUCGCUGGUGUACCCGCCUUUCUCGAGGAGAGAGCCGUUUUUUGUCGUGAGCGUGCAAAUGGCCAGUAUGGUGUCCUGCACUUCAGUGUUGCUAAUGCCCUCGUGUCUUCUCCUUUCGUGCUGCUCGUUAUCUUGGGAUACACCCUGGUGAUGUACUGGGGCGUUCAACUCAAGGAAACCGCCUCCGGCUUCCUCAUCUUCCUCCUGUUCAACUGGCUCAACUUCCUCGCAGCCGAAGCACAAGUCGUCUUUGUGUCAUCCAUGAUGCCGAACUUCGUCAUCGCGCUCACUCAAGUCGCCUUCUUAAACGGUCUUUGGAUGGUAUUGGCGGGAUUGGUGAGUCGCCCAUUAUUGCCCAAGUUUUGGAAGUACACCUUCGCGAAUUUAGACUACCAGCGUUAUGUCUGGGAAACUCUUGCAGUGAAUGAAUUCGGCGGAAGAGAGUUCGAGUGCACGCCCACGCCUGCUGGUUGUGUCUGUCAAUAUGCGGACGCUCUGAACGCACACUGUAAGUGGAGCGGUGACACCUAUUUAGAGUCACUGCAGUAUGGUAAUGUCAAGAUAUGGGAGUGGUUUGCCGUUCUCAUCAGUAUUAUCAUCAUCUUCCGCAGUCUCGCCGCCGUCGCCUUGUUUUACCGCAGGAAGUGA